CUCCUUAUUGUAUGCUGUCAACCCGCUGAUCCUGCAAGCUAACUAGCUCAGACGUAGAGCAACUAGCUAGCAUGCGAAGUAAAUCGUUGGGUGAGCUAUAAUUCGACUGAGUUUAACAUUACUCGUUGGAUGUAGAAUACAUUUUAAUCGCUGACAUUGGCUGUGGUUGUCCUGGAGUCGUCAAGAAAGGCGAGACAUUAACGCGUUAGCCUGUUUUCUACAAAGUUGCUAACCAGAUGCGUUGACAGCUAGCUAGCUACUGUAGCUUGGCAGCUAACUAUCAGUAUUGAGUUACCACAGCAAAGCUACGUAGUACGUGGUCUCAACCCUGCAUUUCUGAGCAUUUCCUAUCAAGCAAUUUUAAGAUUUUACUUGGUUGAAGACCUCUCAUGUCAAUGACACUCUUCACAAAGUGGUCCCUAUUGCAAUGAGGAUCUGCAGAGCCCAGCUGUAAGCCUGAGCCAUGAACUCCGUGUCUCCCAGUGCAGUUCAGUAUGUGGGGGGAGUAGGAGUGGUGGGGGGAGUAGGAGUGGUGGGGGGAGUAGGAGUGGUGGGGGGAGUAGGAGUGGUGGGUCAGGAUGACACCUUCCAGAGAGAGGAGACCAGGAGGCCCCAGCAGCCCCAGCUGGUGGACCCUGGCAGAGGAAGUAGCUUUGGGAACCGGCAGGGUACUGAUGUCGGUGGGGGUGGAACCAGAGAGGCCACCACUGCUGGAGAGCCAGACGAGGUGGACAAACUCAAGACCAAACUGAUGUCGGCGUGGAAUAAUGUCAAAUACGGCUGGUCGGUCAAGUCGAAGACCACAUUCAACAAGAGCUCUCCAGUGACUGUAAUGGGCCACUCAUAUCUGCUCAAUAGUGAAGACGAGGUGGAGCGCUUCAGGCGGGCGUUCGUGUCUCGGCUGUGGCUGACCUACCGUAGGGAGUUCCCCCAGCUGGAGGGCUCCACCUUGACUACAGACUGUGGGUGGGGCUGCAUGCUGCGGAGCGGACAGAUGCUGCUGGCCCAGGGCCUACUGCUACAUCUGCUGCCACGAGACUGGUCGUGGCCAGACGCCCAGCAGUUCGUCGACGUGGACUUUGAGGCUCUGAGACCCCGCUCCCCGUCCCGCGCUGGAGGCGUACCCAUCCCCUCCUUCGGCCACUCCUCCUCCUCACGGACCCCCACCACGCCCCAGAAGACCUCCAUGCCAGGGGGCACGGCUCUCAACCAUACCCAGAAGAAGAGGCCCGAGUCGGGCAGGGACAGGCAGGCUGAGCCCCUCCACCGGAGGGUUGUGGCCUGGUUUGGGGACGAGCCCCCGGCCCCGUUUGGGGUGCACCAGCUGGUAGAAUUGGGGAAGAGCUCAGGGAAGAAGGCGGGGGACUGGUACGGCCCCUCAGUGGUGGCACACAUACUACGAAAAGCAGUUGCCAAGACUUCUGAUGUUCACAACCUGGCUGUAUAUGUAGCGCAGGACUGUACCGUGUACAAAAUGGACGUGGUGCAUCUAUGUGACCAGUCAUUGAACCAGAGUAUAUCUGAUCCUGAGCCCAGUGGUCCAGGCUGGAAGUCUGUCAUCAUACUGGUUCCAGUCCGACUAGGUGGAGACUCUCUCAACCCCUCCUACAUCGAGUGUGUCAGGAACAUUCUCAGGUUAGAAUGCUGUAUCGGAAUCAUCGGCGGCAAACCCAAGCAUUCGCUGUUCUUUAUCGGCUGCCAAGACGAGCAGCUGCUGUAUCUGGACCCUCACUACUGUCAGGCCGUGGUGGAUGUCACUCAAGACAACUUCCCACUGGAGUCGUUCCACUGUAGCUCGCCCAGGAAGAUGCCCUUCAGUCGCAUGGACCCCAGUUGUACUAUAGGCUUCUACGCCAAGAACAAGAAGGACUUUGAGUCUCUGUGUUCCGCCGUCUGUGUGGCCCUAUCGUCGCCCGAAGAGAAGUACCCCAUCUUUACCUUCGUGGAGGGCCAGGCCCAGGACUAUGGACUGGUGGGCCACAGCUCCUCCCAUCCUCACUCUGACACCUCCCCUGGCCCCGCCCACAUGCUACCCCAAGGCAAGCUAAGCAGGAGCAACACCAUAGGCAGCUCUGACGACUUUGUCUUCCUGUGAGUACUGGUUUGUGUUCCUGAGGAACGAAAUGUAAGCAAACGGGGAAAGACUGACUUACAAUUUUGGGAUGGAUUCCAUUUCCCUGUUUUUAUAGAGCUCAAAGUGGAUAUAUGCUUUCUGCUAUAUCACAAACUCUGGAAUUUGUGUCCGUCAUAUUCGAGGCGAGGCUUCAACUGAAUCUCACUGUCGGUCUGUCUGGGAAGAAACAGGUCUUAGAAACUAACGCUAGGCAUUUCUAAAUUGGACUGUUGCCCCAUCCCAAAUGGACCCCUAAGCCCUAUGCACUUAUGGAGAUCUGAGAUGAUCUGACAGGUGUUAGUAAUAUAAAGUAGGCUAGGUGUAAGCUUCACCAUAUUGCUUAUACCAAUCAAAUCCGCUCGGAUCUCCAAGGCCGUAGGGAUUUGGGAUGGGGCCUCUGACUUCAUUUUGGGAAUAAUAACAACUGGAAACACGGAGCCUGUUUGAUACAUGCUACAUGACGGGGAUCACUAGUAGUGGAAGACAAGGUACUCAGCCCUCUUCUCUCUGACUUGUAUUAAAAUACUGCUGUACACUUUUUACAUUCAUUUCUGUUUUGUAAGAGCUAUUAAGUGUGUGCGAACUGAAGCUGUUGGUGUGUUGAGUUGCUGUUAUGUUCACAUUCCUCUACUGUACUCUUAUAUUCCCUGUGCCAUCUUAAUUCAGUGUCAUGGCUAUAGUACUACAUUCAUACUACAUGGCUAUAUGAAUUUCAUUGCAGCAUUCCCAACCCUGCCUUUAGUUGUGCCGUCCUUUGACACACCAUUCAGGUGACAGUAAAUGACCUGGGCUGGGCUCCCUACCUAACCUCGCUCACUGGUUUCCACACCUGGGUUCAAAUAGUACUUGCUUUUUUUUUUUGAUUUUCCAAAAGGCACUGAGAGUUGAUUUAACCUGCCUGGAGUGCCAGAUGGGCAAUGUUUGCACUUUUGGGACUAUUCUUUUUGCCCUAGCAAGCUCAGAAAACACCAGGCAAGCUCAGAAAACCAAUACUAAUUGAACCCUAGGUCUGCUACACUCUCACACUAUUUCAUCAGGUCUCUCUUGUCAAUUAGUCUACCAGUAUCAACUUGCAACACACUAACAGGAAUCCACUGUUACAACAAUAGCCCCUUUUGUGUAAUGUGUUACACUAGCUCCUAUCUAGAUGAUGGGAAAUUAUCCAUUUUACCAAGAGGCUAUGUCCAAAAUGACACCCUAUUCCCUACAUCGUACACUAGAUAGAGAAUCGGAUGCCUUUUUGGGUGAAGACAGCUUUUGGUUGUAGUGAGACUUGUUGAAUGAAUGAUUCUGAACUCCAUUCCUUUUAGAGUCCUCCUCAUAAUUUUUUUAACAAGGUGGUGCUGCUGAGUACUGGUGGGGGGGAUGCCUCACUUUGGACAAAGUGCAAGGUGUUUUUGAACACGUGUAACUUCAAUUUAUUAAGGUAGAGUUAAAAGCCUUGCACUUUGGAGACCUGCAUAUUAAUAUCUAAGUCAGGGCUGUUCAAGUCUGGUCCUGGAGGGCCAAAACACUUCUGUUUUUUUGUUUCUACCUGGUAGUUAAUUGCACUCACCUGGUGUCUCAGCCAGGUCUGAAUUAGGUCCUUAUUAGAAGGAGAGGAUGAAAACCAGGACCGACAUUGAACAGCCCUGAUCUAAGCAUUAAACUCCCCAAGUUAGAUAUCAAAGUCACGUCACAAGCUCCCUCAACCCCAAAAUAAAAUGAAGCAUUCUGGGCAGUGGUUAAAACACUGUUGAUUGGAUGCUUGAUCUCACGUUUUAAUUAGGCUUCUGACCUGUGUGCAACAGGUAUCCUCUAAGGGGCAAAUCUUGACUUUCACUUAACCUGAAUGUUCACUGAUCAUUCAUUGAAGUCAAUGGGAGAAUAAGUGAAAAUGCGAGGUUGGCGAGUUAGGAUUCACCCCAGUAAUCUGUGUAUUUCACUCUUGUCCAUGUGUAUAUUAUCUCAUAAAGGUGACAUUUAUUUUCUCAAUAAAGUGAAGAAUUGUCAUGUGUAGACGUCUUAAAUGUGCUAAUGGCCACCCUAAUAAGGGACUGCAUUCAUGUGGACAACAUGACUUUGUAAAACUGUUGUAUAGAAUGUUAUUAAAGGUAACUUUUUUUUUGUA